UACCACAAGAUUCGCAUGACCUACUACGAUGCCGGCGACAAUACCCAAGUCUUCAACUCGGUCUGGUAUCCCGACCCGGCGUACAACCUUCCCGUCCUCGGCAUCGACCUGCUGGCGUUCAACCGCAAAAAGUAUCUCGCCAUUGUUGACUUUCAACCCCUCCACCAAGACGAGAACGAUCAUUCGACGCCCUUUGAACACCUGCUGCAGCCCAUCAAAGAGGAGUACGAUACGCUCAAGGGCCGCAUGAGCAGCAAAUUUUACGACGAAACGCAGUUCUUUUCGCAACAAAUGUUGUUUGCCCGUUUCGAAGACGAGGGUGUUGUGAGCCAAGAUUUGUUCCCCGCCUUUUCUCGCUACGUCGAAACGCACUUGAAUCUAUUGCGUUCGACUACACCAGUCGCCGCGGACGUCUCCAAUGUCUUGGCGCGUCAACAAGCCUACGAUACAUAUUCUGCGGAACGGGAUCCCGCCACGGGGCUCUUUGCUGCCAUGUUUGGGGCCGACUGGGCCGCCGACUUUGUACACGACUUUUUAUUCUCCUCUAGU